AUGCUGAAGCUUUGGCUGAAUAAAGCCAAGGCCUCUUUGCCAAGCAAGGCAGCAAGUGAUGUUGCAACUAACAGCCGUCCUUCAUUCAAGACGCCGGUGAAGCUUGAAGCGGGACCAUCAAACAAGCGCAAGGCCCCCAGCUCUACUCAAGCCAAUAGAGAUGACCGCAGCAAGAAAGCUACAUUGGAGCCAAAGCCAAUAGGUUGGCGCGUCAAGCCCAAGGCCUUGUCAAGCAACAACAUUAUUGACCUCAUAUUGGACAACAAUGGUGAGUUCAUAAGCAAUUAUCUCAAGCGGCAAGAAGAAGGAAACUUCAAGACCAUUGCGUACAUGCAAUUGGGUUGGAAGGUUCAACAGCUUGAGAAACAGCUGGCCAAAGCUCACCAGAGGAUCCGCAAACUUGAGCUGAAGCUUAUUGAACACAAGCUCAACAAGAGGGUUCAAGAGCGUGUCAAAGAAGCCCUUGCUCAAUGCGCGCAACCGCCAGCCACUCCUGCUAGCUCAGUACCAAUGCAAUAUUUUGCGACUUCUGGUUGCAAAGACACGCAUGGUACCAUCAAUGAUCUUGAAGGUUUUGAUCCUUUGCACCCAUUCAACAAAUGA